UACAUACCUACAUACCACUCCGUUUUAUUAUCUUGGGUCAUCAUUGACAAGCUCAUCAUAUUUAAUUACAAUUUUAUUAAUAAUCACUUUUUACAUAUCAACUAAAAUAAUAUUAAAUUUAAACUUUACUUAUUGCACGACGUUUCGAAUUAAUGUAACAAGAGUUUUGUGAUAUUCUUAUGUUGAAUGAUUUUUUGAAUCAUAACGCUUUCGUGUAUUUACUUUACCAAUCAUGCUAGGCUAUGCAAACGCUGGAAUCCCAGAUAAAUCCUGGCAACCACCAGUUGCUGUACUGGAAACAACAAUGGGUACCAUCACAGUAGAAAUGUACUGGAAACAUUCACCUCUCACAUGCCGAAACUUUAUGGAACUAGUAAGAAGAGGUUAUUAUAAUAACACUAAAUUUCACAGAGUCAUAAGAGAUUUUAUGAUUCAAGGUGGUGAUCAUACAGGAACUGGUAAAGGUGGUCAAUCAAUAUAUGGACCUCACUUUGAUGAUGAACUUAAUUCUAAUUUAAAGCAUACAGGUGCCGGUAUACUGUCUAUGGCUAAUUCUGGUCCAAAUACAAAUGGGUCUCAAUUUUUUAUAACUUUAGCACCAACACAGUGGCUUGAUGGUAAACAUACUAUAUUUGGAAGAGUUCAAAGUGGGAUGGCAGUUGUGAAAAGAAUAGGUUUAGUAGAGUGUGAUAAAAAUGAUUGUCCUGUUGAUGAUAUUAAAAUUGAAAGAUCUUAUAUUCCAAAAUAAAUACAUAACUUGUUAUAA